AAUUCAUUUCCCGCGCAGAAUACUACAGCAUGUGCCAUGUGCGCCUCCCGUUCGAAGAAAAAACACAUAAACAGGAUUGAGAUUUCUGAAAUUCUGAAUAUUCACCCGAAACCAAGUUAAAGUUGAACAUAUUCGUCUCAUUAUUAAUUUUUGUUUAGCUCGUUAUAAUGGCGUUGAACAGAGUUAUGUUGCACACGUUUCGGCAAAUGAAUCAAAUAGCCGGUGCCAGAUACAUGUCUUCUGCAGGUGUAGAUGUAACAAAAAUCGAAAAAACUUUGAAUCAGGUGACGUUGCUGGGGAGGUGUGGUAACGAUCCUCAGAAGCGAGGUUCUGAAGAACAUCCAGUUGUUGUUUUUUCUAUGGCAACUCACACAAACUACAAAUAUGAAGGUGGUGAUUUUAUGCAGAGAACUGAUUGGCAUAGAGUAUGCAUUUUCAAACCAAGUCUGCGUGACACCGUGUACAAUUAUUUGAAGAAAGGUCAGCGAGUAUUGGUCAAUGGGCGCCUCAGUUACGGCGAAGUAAAAGACGAGGAGGGUGUUGCGAGGCCAACAACAGCAAUUAUAGCUGAUGAUGUGAUAUUCUUUGCACAGAAAAGUUAAGCAAAAUGACAAGCCAAACAAAUGUGGUUAGUUUGUACAAUUGGGACCCAACGAAAAAUCAUUCUUCAUUUCAAAUUCUGCAUAAUUAGAGUUCAAUUAAAGUGUCGCUAUCCAGUGAAGAGAGAAAAAUGAAAGAUUUGUAUUGCAUUUCGAUGGUGCAAGUUUCAAUACCCCAAGGAAACAAUGUUUCAAGACUUUCGCCGUUGUAUGAUUGAUUACCUUUUCAUGUAUGUGGAAUGACUUACAAAUACCCCAUAAAAAAUUUGUUCUCAAACAAAGAUUUCAACGUUUUCUACCGAUCUAUCAGUCGUCGAAGAGGAUAAGGUAAAUUGUCAAAACCAAUAAAAUCAACACAUUUAUGUUCUUAAUAAGUAUAUAAGUCUAUAUUUACAUCAUUCAUCGUUCAUAAUCUCUCCAAUAACAAGUUACAUAAUAAAAUGGCGAUAAACCUAGAA